GACAGUUGAAUUUUUACCAUCACGAACAAAGACAGUUGAAUUUUUACCAUCACUGAUGAACAGAGACGGUGAAUAUGAGUUUCCGGCUCCUCCACCCAUGACCGGGGAGUUUGAAGAAAUACCAUUGUCUGAGCCAGAAUGGAUUCCAAUCACAGGACAACCUGAAAGGAUAGCAACCAUUGGCCAACAUGAAAGACCCAGAGGAGCAAAUACAAUUGACAGAGUACCAUAUUCUGGAAGACACGAUAGGAUGCCAAUAACUAACCAACCUGGAAGAGUGCCAAUGUCCAGAGAAACGGAAGGAAGGUAUGUACAAGACGAAGCUAAUGUCCAAAGGGGUGGGCAGUCGAAAACAAUGCCAAGAUCUGGACAGCCAAGUCCAAUGUAUCAAGCUGACCAGACUAGAAUGGCUCCGAAACAUAGAAGUCCGGCUCCAUAUGCCGACCAGUACGGACAAAGACCACCUCCUAGAAGCGAUCAUGGUACCCCACCACCUGUGGCUCAAAAGCCUACUCCGCGGCAAGCAUUUAACUACCUUGGUCAACCCAACGCCAUAAAAUCUUCUCGAGACUGGAGCUCUGGUUUAUGCUCAUGCUGUUCCGACAUGAAAUCAUGUUGUGGAGUACUAUGGUGCGGAUGCUUUUUCUAUCCGUGCUAUUUGUCCAAGAAGCUAGGAGAAAAUACGUGUCUCCCUCUUGCUAUGGGUAGUACGUGUGCUUUGAUUUCUCUGCGUACCAAACUCCGCACUCAAACACGCAUAGAUGGAACCAUCUGUAAGGAUUGCUGCACUGUCGUCUGCUGCCAGUGUUGUGCAAUGUGUCAAAUGUCACGUGAGCAGACUUUCGUAACCAAUCACCGCAUCAUGCAGAUAAAAUAAGACUGUUGGAGAAAAAAAAACUAUAAAAUACUCUUACUUUAAUUCUAAUGUAUACACAUAU